UGCCAAUCAGUGCCACCUAUCAGUGCCAGUCAGUGCCGCCUAUCAGUGCCAUCAGUGCCACCUAACAGUGCCAGUCAGUGCCGCCUAUCAGUGCCACCUAUCAGUGCUACCUUUCAGUGCCCAUCAGUGAUGCCUGUCAAUGCCCAUCAGUGCCACCUACCAGUGCCUCCUCAUCAGUGCCCAUCAGUGCAGCCUAUCAGUGUCCAUCAGUGCAGCCUCAUUAGCGCACAUCAGUGAAGGAAAAAAAUAACUUAUUUACAAAAUUUUAUAA